AUGUCGGACCUCCAUGACUUGUGCAAGUUUGCCCAGCGCCCAGUCGCCGCCAAGGCAGUGGAAGAGCUCCAGUUCUACUUGAAGAGUGGCAUUCCCGCCACCUACACUAUCGAGGAGGCAUACAACUACACCCACAAUAUCGAAGAUGAGCCUCUCACCACCACCACGCCAUUGCACUUAAUAUGCACCCAUGUGCCCCAGGAUAUCGACGAGGCCGAGUCCAAAGUGGUUGAGUCCAUGGUAGAGAUGCUUCUCGAAUAUGGAGCCGGCUGGUGCUUGACAGACGUCAACAACGAGACUCCGGGAUGUAUUUUGAUCCGCAGAGGCUUGAAGAGGUUGCCUAUCUACAACCAGAUUGUAGCAGCCGGAAUAAGAGCCGAGUUGUUGUUGAGAAAGGUCAGUGAGUACGACAUGGAGGUCAUCAGCGAUACUGAAGAAGUGGACCACGAGCGGUUUGGGGACGAGGUGCCCCAACUCGUGGAAGACAAGGAACCUUUGGUCACAGCUGCCCCCAAAAUCGAGAAGGACGACGCUCCAGACGCUCCUUCCCAGAACCAAGAAUCAUACCUCCAGACGAAGUUGGAGUACAGAGACAAUGCGUUGGUCACCAAGGACCGCCAGGACGGAGUGAUGAUGUCGUGGGAAACAGACUUGAUGCGUCUCGGAUGCGACUCCCUUUUUAAGGGCUCGGUGGUCGACGGAGAAGUGGACUCCGACAUUAACGUGUUGAACAUCGGGUUCGGAAUGGGGAUCAUCGACACCAUGAUCAACGAAAAGAACCCCACCAAGCACUACAUCUGCGAGGCCCAUCCAGACGUGUUGAAAAAGUUGCGUGACGACGGAUGGUACGAAAAGCCCAACGUAGUGAUUCUCGAAGGAAGGUGGCAAGACCAGUUGGACACUCUUUUAUCCAGUGGCAACACCUUCUUCAACGGUAUCUACUACGAUACCUACUCAGAACACUACCUGGACAUGUUGGAGCUCUUUGACUUUGUGGUGGGUCUCUUGAAGCCCCAUGGUGUCUUCUCGUUCUUCAAUGGUUUGGGCGCAGAUAGACAAGUCAUCUACGAAGUUUACAAGCAAUUGGUCGAAAUCGACUUGUCCAACUAUGGUUUGGAAUGCAAGUUCACCGAGAUCGAGGUUCCAAAGUCCACCUUGGAAGAGAAGGUGGGCUCUGAAGACUCCAAGAGUGUGUGGGACGACAUCAAAAGAUCCUACUGGUCAUGUCCGGUUUAUUACCAUCCCGAGGCUCGGUUUAUUGAUGUGUAA